CAGCAGUUAUUGCUGAUUCUGCUAGCAACUUUCUGCUGGCAAAUUUCUGUUGGCAACUUUCUGCUGCUCUCUGCUGGUCUGCCUGCCAUCACUUUCUUCUCUUCAGGUCGUCUUCGCGCACUUUUUUUAUCACUUUAUGCCUCAAGCCUUCGCUUUAGUCACUGUCAUACGUCAUAUGAUGCUCUUGGCUUGAACUCUGUAUCCAAGAUUGAUGGCCAGGGCUCACAGUUUCUAUACUUUGACUGUUUUAAAUCCUGUAUAGCGGGCAGCGCAAUCAAGUAUCCAAGCCGGCCUCGUUUUAGGACUUGGAUGAUGCUCGGGCUGGGGUCCCUCGCCUUAACCAGUCCUGUUGUCAUGAAUCCCCCUGGCGGGAUAGGACCAAAGUCUUGUGACAUAUUAUUCUUUGGGAAGAGAUGUUAG